CAUUGACCUUCAAGAUCUCGCCUGCGGGGGCGUACUUUGUUUUCCACAUAGAAUAUACAACGGUACAAAGAGCAACCUCACAAAAGCAUGAGGUCAUCCUCUUCACUGCUGUGACCCACCUUCACUCCUUCCCGUGUUCCGCACUUCCCCUCCUUCCUCGUCGUCUUCAUCUUGAGAUAUGGCAGUUUUGUCAUCGCACAUCCGCUUUGAUUGCCUCCCUUUUUCUUAGCCAACCAUGAGUUGGCGAUUUGGUUUUAGCGCACAAAACGCAGACGCCAAUUCUAGUUUAAUACUGCGGCGUGUGAGCUUUGAGGGGCGGUAUAAUUAAGCCUCAGUUAUUGUAGGGGGGGAGAAAGAAAAGAUAAAGACAGAAGAUGGCGAUCUCGGGAUUGCAGGAGUUGUAAGUGAAAAGAGAAUGGCGGGUAAGAAUCACAUUCUACAAAAGGGCAGGGGUGGAUUUCAGGGAUCAUUCUCCACCACUCACGCAUGAGAGAGAGAGAGAGAGAGGUUUGUGAAGACCUAGAACUGUUGUUUAUGAGUUGUGAGUAGCAGUAGUGCAGAAGGGAAAGAGCGGUGAGAUAGAGGAGGCACAGAGAAGAAGGAGUUUCCGGGAUGAAGGGCUUGGUUUUGUACUGGUUCAUCGUCGUUAUUUCGGCGGCAGCCGUGAAUGGAGAGAGUCCUUACCGGUUCUUCACUUGGAAUGUCACUUAUGGUGCCAUCUAUCCCCUCGGAGUCCCGCAGCAGGUAAUUCUCAUAAACGGGAUGUUUCCCGGGCCUGACAUAGAAUGCGUCACCAAUGACAACAUCAUCGUGAACGUCUAUAACAGCUUAACUGAGCCUUUCCUUAUCUCAUGGGACGGGAUCCAGCAGAGGAGGAACUCAUGGCAGGAUGGGGUGUACGGGACCAACUGCCCAAUCCCUCCUGGGAAGAACUAUACGUAUGUGAUGCAGGUGAAGGACCAGAUUGGCAGCUUCUUCUACUUCCCUUCUCUUGCCUUCCACAAAGCAGCCGGCGGGUUUGGUGGCAUCAGAAUUCUCAGCAGGCCUCUCAUCCCCGUUCCCUUCGCCGACCCCGCCGGCGAGUUCACCGUCCUUAUUGGAGAUUGGUUCAAGCAGAACCAUACAGCGUUGAGGAGGAUCUUAGAUGGAGGGCAGAGACUUGGGUUUCCAGAUGGAGUUCUCAUUAAUGGCCACGGUUCCGGUGGUGCAACUUUUACUGUUGAACAGGGAAAAACAUACAGAUUCCGAAUAUCAAACGUGGGGUUGACGACGUCCCUGAACUUCCGGAUUGAGGGACACGGCAUGAAGCUGGUGGAGGUGGAAGGCACACACACGAUCCAGAACACGUACACCUCCCUCGACGUCCACCUCGGCCAGUCCUACUCCGUGCUCGUCACCGCCGAUCAGCCGCCCAAGGACUACUACAUAGUGGUCUCCACCCGCUUCACGGACAGAGUUCUCACCAGCACCGCUGUCCUCCAUUAUAGCAACUCGGCCACGCCAGUCUCCGGCACGCCGCCCGGCGGGCCCACCACCCAGAUUGAUUGGUCACUCAACCAAGCACGUUCCAUAAGGACAAAUCUUACGGCCAGCGGACCCAGGCCAAACCCACAGGGCUCGUACCACUAUGGGCUGAUCAACCUGACCAGGACCAUCCAGCUAUCGUCGACGACGGCAGUGCUGAACCGGAAGCAGAGGUAUGCCGUGAACAGCGUGUCGUUCGUGCCGGCGGACACGCCGUUGAAGCUGGCGGACCACUUUCAUAUCAGCGGAGUGUUCACGCUAGGGAGCAUUCCAGACGCGCCGAACGGGGCCCCGGUUCGCUUGGACACGUCGGUGAUGGCGUCAGAUUACAGAGUGUUCGUGGAGAUAGUGUUCCAGAACCGCGAGAAUGUGGUCCAGUCAUGGCACCUGGACGGCUACUCCUUCUUCGUCGUCGGGAUGGACGGUGGAAGUUGGACGCCGGCCAGUAGGAAGGGAUACAACCUCCAAGAUGCAGUGUCUCGCAGCACCACUCAGGUUUAUCCUAGUUCAUGGACUGCAGUUUAUGUGAUGUUGGACAAUGUUGGUAUGUGGAAUGUGAGAUCGGAGAACUGGUACCGCCAGUACCUGGGCCAACAGUUGUACCUGAGAGUGUAUUCCCCGCUCGAGAACAUCAGGGAUGAGAACCCAAUUCCGUCCAACGCGCUUCUCUGCGGCCGAGCAGCCGGCCGCAGCACUCGGUCGCUAUAAUACGGACCCAAUGUUGGUGGCUCUUUCAGACUGAUUGGGGAAGUUCAUUGUCCAUUAGCACAAGAUUUUUAAGUUGUUUCAUCAAAUAAUCGAUGAAGAUUGAACAAAAAGUAAUUAGUAGAUUGUAUCAGAGAACAUCAGGUCAAUAAAAUGAUUUUCCGGUUUUAGGGGGCAAUUUGCUUUCGAUUGUAUUAGACUAUUGCCCCAUGAUAUGAUUAUGAAGCUCAAAGUCCAAUUGUUAUGGAAUUCUCUUUCAUUCCUGAAAA